AUGUCGUCCCGCUAUCCCAAGCGCAAGCGUGUCACAAUCGACUACGCCGCCAUAGCCGCAGGCAAACCUCCGGUUUCCAAGACACCCAAGACAAGCGUAGCCCAAGCUAUCCGGAUCCCGAAGACGAAGCGACAGGCAACUUCAGGCGCGGUCUCCAAAGCUUCUAAACCCGCUAAACGGCCCGGGCGCCCUCCCGCCAAGACACGUACCGUCAUCGAAAGACCCGAGCCCGAGCCCCUUGACCAGAAUUCGGAUGGGGGCCCGGACCCGCUGUCGACGGACCCGGAUGUGGACUCGUCCGAGCUCAGUGAUAUCUCGCCCACUGAGUCCAUGGAGUUGACGGAGGAAGUGUCUGAACAAGAUCUCGAAGAACAGCCCGAGGAACAACCUGAGGAAGAGAUCGAGGAACAGCCCGAGGAAGAGGUUGAAGAAGAGGUUGAGGAAGAAUUGGAGGGAGAGUACGAUGGAGAAUACGAGGGAGAGUACGACGAGGAGUACGAGGAAGACUACGAAGAAGAAGCCCCCAAAGAAUCCUCCGAAGAAGCCUCGACGACCUUCGGCUUCCUCGAAUCCUCCUCCUCCGAAGAACCCUCCACAACCUUCGGCUUCCUAGAAUCAUCCUCCUCCUCCGGCCCCACCACCGCCCACUCUCUCUUCUCCCCCAUCACAUCAUCAAACCCCUACACCGAGCCCAGCACCUCCCGGUCCCUCUUCUCCCCCUCCCCACCCCCCAGCAAAAAACGCGUCCAAACCCUCCCCACCGCCCAAAACCCCACAUACGAAGACCUCCUCUACGAGCGCGAACUCCCCACCUACGCCACCUCCUCCGCCUCCUCCUACGUCACGGACUCCGACCCCGAAGCCGGGGCAAAGUUCCUGCAGAAAUUCCCGGCCAUCGACAUGGACGAGUACCGGCCCUCGAUCGACCCAACCAGCACGCUCUCGAUGCAAGAAAUGGCCGAAAUGAUCGGAACCGUAACCUUCUUCGCCAAGAACGUGAACAGGAUGCGCAUCGACAUCACGCAGCCGCUAUCCGUGAUGCGGGGGUUGUACUCCCGGCUCGAGGUAUGGGACGACGAGACCAUCGACUGGGUGAAGUACCGCAACCGCGCGUGGCGACAUCGGUGGCAUGUGGCGAAUGAGCUGUUUGAGAUGCCGAUGGGGGAUGUGGCGGCUUUGGCGGAUGUGGCGAUGAAGUUUGUGGAGGAUCUUAGGGAUUUGAAGGGGAUUGAUGUAUUGUUGUGA